AUGCCAGAUUUUAUUUAUUUUCGAAGCUUAUGGUGGAUAGAAGGAAAUAUUCACCCGGAAGCAAAAUGGGAGGAAGCUACACUUCCAUACGUGCUUGCUGAGGGUGUAGCUUUGGAUGAGUAUGAACAUCGUGCUGACAGUUUUAAUGUUCAUGGUCUAUGGGAAUGGGAAAAUUUUAGAGUCUUAGUUUAUGAACUUCCACUAAAGCCACACGAAGUUUGUAUUGGCACAAUUAUUAAGUAUUUUAAUAGACAUUGUAGUGGGGUUGAUGAUACCGAUGCCAGUAUUUUAAAUAUAGGAGCAACUCGAAUUCGAGCUGAUAACUCUGGAAAAGAGGCAGACGCAUCAUUUCGUCCAAUGAAACAACGAGUGCCUGAAUCAACCGGAAGUGAUGGAAUGAAUGAACCGUGGCCGAAUAUUAUUGUAGAAGUCGCAUAUUCCGAAAGUAUAGAUCAUGUCUUCGAAAAGGUGAAAAAUUAUUGGUUAAAGGAUCUUAGUCGUGCACAUGAUGCGAUAGUUGUUAAAGUUGAUCCUGUUCCUGAGGGCGAAACACCUUCACGCAUGCAAAUUAAUUUGGAUUGUCUUUACCAUCAAUUAUACCCUGGUAUACAAGUUCCACGAGAUAUUCUUCCUGAUCCAAUUGAACUGGAUUUCUCUUUUGUUCGAGAUGAAAUUUUUCGUGCAUUUAGAAUAUAA